AUGUCCUCCUCUACACCUCCUCAAGCACUUAUUGUAGGCUGCAUCGAUUUCGCAACGGACAUCUAUGAAGAUUUAAAGAAAAAGUAUGCCAUUGAAUACUACACUUCCAAAUCACGUCAAGCCUUCAUUGAAGAUUGUUCUACAAAGUACAAGGACGUGCCUAUCAUCUACCGCUCACCUGAAUCACAAUCCGUGGUAGGCCCCUUUGAUGCUGAACUUGUGUCUCAUUUACCUGCUGCUCUCAAAUACAUUGUCUACUGUGGUGCUGGUUAUGACUCCAUUGAUGUCCAAGCGUGUGCAGAUCGCAAGAUCAUGGUGUCUCACACACCGAUGGCUGUGGACGACGCGACCGCGGAUAUUGCUGCCAUCUUGAUCUUAAAUUGUUGUAGAAAUGUCUUGGCUGCCAGUGAGAAUCUGCGCCAAGGUCGCUGGCGUAACGGUGUACGUAUGGGGGUUGACCCACAGGGCAAAGUGUUGGGUAUCCUUGGAGCUGGUGGUAUUGGCCGUACCUUGGCAAAACGCAUGUCUGGAUUCGAUCUGGCCAAAGUGCAGUAUCAUAACCGCAGCCGUCUUGAUCCUGAAUUAGAGCAAGGUAUGGAAUAUGUUGAUUUCGAGACAUUGCUCAAGACAUCCGAUAUCAUCUCUGUGCAUUGUCCCUUGAAUGCCAAUACAACCCAUUUAAUCAACUACAGAGAAUUCACCUUGAUGAAGGAUGGCGUUAUUAUUGUCAACACGGCUCGCGGUAAGGUCAUUAACGAAGCGGCUCUUGUCAAUGCGUUGGAAAGAGGCAAGGUGUUGUCUGCCGGCUUGGAUGUGUUUGAGGAAGAGCCCAAGAUCUCUCCUGGUUUGCUGGCUCAUCCUCGUUGUGUCUUGUUGCCUCACAUUGGCACUUUUACCAAUGGGUCUCAGUACAAGAUGGAGAAGCUGGUGUUGGACAAUUUGGUUGCUGCUUUGGAGCAAGAUACUUUGUUGACACCUGUUCCUGAACACAAGCAAUUCUUUAAAAAGUAA